AAUGUAAUCAUAACAAGCAUGGCAUGGUUUGAAAUCUUGUAAAUUUAACUAUUCGGAAGUAAUUCUUAACUAAAAUAAUUAGAAAAUUCAUAUAAAACCUUAAGAUUGUAUCACCGAUUUUGCAGGAGGAGAAAUUUAGUAGCCAUUAGGAAGAGUACAUUUUGAUCCAAAAUUUGGAGAUUUAUAUACAUGGGUACCUCAUCUCAAAACUAAUAUACCGAGACCUGGUGAUGGUAAAUCAUAAGAAUUUCCUCCUGGUAUAUGAUAGCAGUUAUCAUAUUAGGAAAAUAAUUUAUUGAACAUCAUCCAUAAGAAAAGAAACCUAGAGCAUAAAGACUUCAUCUGAAAGAAGGAUAGUCAGGACAUCUUGAGGAUGUUCCAUAUGGAAUAAAAACAUUCCCACCAAUUCAUUGUGAAAAGAGGCAUGAGAUUGAAGAAAUGAUGGGAAAAAAGUAAAGAUUAGAAUAUCUCUAUUAAAUGAGAAAUGGGUAACUAAAGUAUAAAAAUUUAGAUUGCCAGUAGCAUCUUUAGGAGAUAAAAUAUACAAAAACCCUGAAUAUGCAUCUGAUUUUUUUAAGGAGGGAGGUUUAAUUACAGGAUCUAGUAAUAUUUAAAGAAAAGUCAAUAUUAAUUAAUUGCAUGAAAAAGAAAUGGAAAAAAAAAUAUAAUUAAUAUAAUCUAAGAUUAAGAAGGGAACACUUUGGAGUGAUAAAGUAAAAAUGGAUUAGGAUGCUGAAAAGAAAUAGGAUAUUGAAGUAAAUACUAAUGUAUAAUUUUAGGACUUAGAUACAUGGAUAGAAAGUACUUUAAAACCUUCUAAUCCAAACUAUUAGGAUCCUGAUAAAUUUUUUGAGAAUUUAGAGAAACAAUAAGCUUAAGAUCCUAAAAAAGCAUAAGCAAAUUAAAAAAAAGCUGGAAAGAAAUGAUU